CAGAGGCAAAGCUGUCUGCGAUUGGACGAGAAGGGCAAUCUUUCAAGUUCAUGAGGCACUUUCUAAGUUCGCAGGUUGGAUGGGAAGACUCAGAAGUGUCUGCCGCUGUAUCUGUGACAGACUGUGGGAACUGAAGUAAAUCGACGAACCACGGAGACAGGCACAGCCUCUAGGGGGCCAUGUCUGGCGUCAGCAGUGCUAACAACAGCUGGACCAUCCUCACUCCUGAGGAGACUGUAGCUGAAACCCUGAGGCCUUUAGCGGAGGAGGGGACGGAGCACCAUGAAGGAAGCCUCACAUCUGCAGCAGAUGAAGCAGGUCCUGGGGAGAGCCGGCCUGCGGAGGGUGCAGAGGAGGCAGGGUCAGCGGAGGAGCUCCCUGAGGAGCGCCACCACCUGCUAUCAGAAGACAAAGCAGCAGAGCUAAGUGAAGACACGGGAACAGAGCAGCAGCCCCCCGUGCCCGCCGUCAUCACUGAAGCCCCCCCUCUCAGCUCUCUGGAAGUCUCCGACAGCCUUGUUCCUGGCAGUGAUGAACUCAGCCAAUCAGAGGGCCUCCCAGAGGGCCCGGCAGGGGCCUGCCCUGACCCGGACUCUUUUUCUGACUCCUACACCCACAUAACGCCCUCCCCUGAUGAGCCCCCAGCCUCCCUGCUCAGCACAGAGACUCUGGGAGGGGGGGAGUUAAUAGAGGAAGUGGAGAGGCUCGUACAAGAAGAAACGCUGCACUCGAACUUGAACGGGAAGGAGCUACAAUAUGAAGGGGAGGAGUCUGACCUCUUCCCAAGAACAGCUGACUUAGGGAAACAGGCAGACUCCCCCGGGGAUUCAGAGGUGGGUAAGGAGAGAACUGAGAAGACGGGUGAGGAGCCAGAGCCGGAGGUGAGGAGGAGGAGGUCUCUCUUGGCAGCUCUGGAGCGCAUUGGAAGGGCGGAGGAAGAAGAGGAAGAGUUUCAGCUGCCACGGCAGGACGAUGACAGUGGGUUCUCUGUGAACAAGUGCAUCCUGGGUGCUCUCAUUCUGCUGGGCCUUGGCACCAUCUUUUUAUCAGGUGUCUUCAUGGACCUGGAUGAGGAGAGUGACUAUGGCACAAUGGAGCUGAAAGAUGCAGAAGUACCCGGAAAACAGGAGUGGCUUAAUCCAGAGGUUCCUCCACUCCCAGUUGCUGCUGACAGCACAGAGCUUCUAAAUAAAUUGGACGAAGGGAACCAACAGAUUUCUGUGCUACAAGCCCAACUUCAGGCACAGGGAGAAGAGCUAAAAGUAGCCAAGGGACAAGCAGCAGAGGGAGCAAAGGAGCGGCUGCGCAGAGAGGAGGCGGAGGAGGAAAACAGUAGGUUGAAGAAAGAGAUGGCAUCUCUCCCUGUGCUUCAGAAAGAGAACGAGAGGAUGAAGAGAGAGCUGGAGUCUGGCCCUGCCCUACAGAAAGAGCUAGAAACUCUGAGAUCCACUGUGACUGAAUUAAAACUCCCCACAGCAGCUCCUGUGACGCUCACCACACCGCCCUCUAGUGACAGCACACAGGAAGCAGCUGGAUCCACAGAGAGAAAGCCCACAAAGCCUUGGGAGGACCAGAAGGAGACGAAGAAAGAUGUGAAGAAGGAUACAAAUGAGAUGGGCGAGAAGAAGGAGUGGAAAGAGAAAUCUGAAUGGAAGGAAGGGAAGAAGGAGCUCAAAGAUGGGGGUAAAGCAGAAGGGAAGAAUGAGCUCAAAGAUGGGGGUAAAGCAGAAGGGAAGAAGGAGCUCAAAGAUGGGGGUAAAGCAGAAGGGAAGAAGGAGCUCAAAGAUGGGGGUAAAGCAGAAGGGAAGAAUGAGCUCAAAGAUGGGGGUAAAGCAGAAGGGAAGAAGGAGCUCAAAGAUGGGGGUAAAGCAGAAGGGAAGAAGGGAAAACACGAGCAAGGGAAGUUUGAAAGUGAGAAAGAUAAGGAAGGUAAGCUGAAGAAAGCCAGUGAUGAGACAAAACAAUGGAAGGAGAAAGACUUGAAGAAAGAAAAGUCUGGCAGAGGGGAUGAAGGGAAACCAUGGAAGGAUAAGGCGGAGAAGAAAGAGUGGAAAGGAAAGAGUGAGGGGAAAGACUGGAACAAAGGAAAGCAUGAGAAAGUGAAGGAGGGUAAACAGUGGAGCGGGAAGGAAGAGAAGAAGGAUUGGAAGGUAGGAAAAGACAGAGGAGAGAAGAACAAGGGCAAGGAGGAAUGGAAGAAGGGAGGGAAAGAUGGCUUCAAGGAAAGUGGCAAAGGGAAAUGGGGAAAAGAAGAUCGGGGAGAGAAGAAAGAGUGGGUGAAGAAGGAAAGUGACUGGAGAGGAAAGAACAGCAAAGGAAAGGGUGAAAAUAAAGAGUGGGAGGAGAGGAAACAUCCAGAGAGGAAGGGGAAGGAGGAGAAGGAGUGGAAGAGGAAAGAUGAGAAGAAACAGUGGGAAAAGAAGGAAGAGCCGUGGAAGAGAGAAGGGGAGAAAGACAGGAAACACAAUGGAGAUCGGAAAAAGGACGCAUCAAGCUCCCAGAAACACAAAUCUAACGGUCACAAAAACCACAAGGAAGAGCCUCUGUGGGUGGACAGGAAGCCCCCUCCCACUCACAGCAGACCCUCCCUGGAUCAGCCCGAGUACUGGGAGCAGCAGAGAGACCGCCUCCAGCAGAACCCCAAAGCCACGCAGCAGUGUAGCUCAGUGGAGACCUGCGCCCAGGCGGAGGGGCUGCUGCCCGUCCCCCUGCUCCAGUUCGAGGCCAUCCUCCAAACCUACCUGUCCAGAGCUGAGGAGGCCGGGGUGGCUGCCUCCAAAACAGACGAACUCAGAAAGCUAGCCGCCAAAUUCUUCAAGGAGGGAUUCUUCGUCCACGAGCAGACGAGCUUCACGGAGUUCGUGGAGGAUUUGGAAGAUAUCUUGGAAGACAUGGUGGAAGGAGAUGAGGACGCAGAGGAAGAGCACAGUGACCUAGAGGACAGUGACCUAGAGGACGAAAUGGAGGAGUUCGUAAAAGAAGUCAUAAAGAAGUUUGCAGCGCCCGUGGUGGCUGUGGAGAAAGAGGGGAGGGCCAUAGGGGAGGGGAGGAAGGAGAGAGGACGCGGCUGAUGAUGGGAUGGAUGGAUCUGUCGAAAGUAGCUUAAGAGCAGUCAUGACGGAUGAGAGGGUAUUCAAAGGGAACAUUUGAUAUUGGACCACAAACGCUUACCAGUAUACAUUUAUCAUCCUGUCAGCGUUUUAACAGGACCUUAUUUUACCCUUCUGUUGUCCGAGAAGUUCAACUUAUUAUUCAAUUGCACUGUUUUGGGACGUUUUGUAUUUGACCUACACACACACACACAUUAGUCCCAGUCGCAGAAAGAGAGUGCAUUUACUUAAUGUUUUGGGAUGGACUUGGAUAGAAGACAAGAGGCUACAGAAACAAGUGUAAUGCAAACAUGAUAUAGCCUUCUCGUGCUCUUUCUUCAAAAACUCACAUCUCUUUUAUUUGUGGCUGCAGCUAAUGUUGAAUAUCCGUUGGUGUGAAAGUUAUUUCUACUCCUUCACUUUGCAUAGGGGAAAUCAAACCUGUUGGAUUAGCGUUGAUACUGCUCCUCAUUGACAGCUGCUGUAUAGUCUUAUCACACAACACACCUCUGCACUGAUGUCCUGUUCACUGAACCUACAUGCCCUCUUUGUUUGUAUUGCUUUAGCUUUGCACUUAAUAUUAGAUGAUAUUCAAACCAUCGGUUUUUAGAAAGGGUGAACUGCUGAAAACUGUUUAGUGAAUAUUUAAUGUGAACGUAGAGAAGUCUGUAUUGAUUUAGUUUUGAAUGUUUGUACAUAUUGCAUUAAAUGUGUUUAAGGACUAUGCAGAAUUACAUAGUUAACUUAUUUAUAGAGUUUGGCAUAAUUUAGAUACAAAUAUCUUUGGUUGGCACAUAAGAUAUCAACAUGUUGAGCUUGUUUUGUUUCAGGUACUGAGCUUAUGUCGUGCACUAAGGUUCCUUAAUUAUUGUUUUAUCGGGAAUUUAGCUUUUCUUGAUGAGGUUGGUUGUAGCGCUGAGGUCGUGGGGCAUAGUUUCCCAAAAACGCAUUUAGUACUUGCUAUCUGUUUACACGCUAACUUAUUACAUGUUGCUAAAUUAAAGGUCUAAAGCCACAUGGAGAUCUUCAGAGGGUGUUUGCAGAACCACAUGCUGAGAACUUUGUGGCAGCAUCGAGAACUUUGUAUGUUAGGAUGUUUUCUAUUUGGCCCUGUUACUGUUGCAAGAGCAGAAUAAUAAAUGUGGCGCAUCGCUGGGAUUAAAUAA